AUGACACCACUGUGCGUCGUCCUGCCGAUCCUUGUCCACUUCCCGCUCGAAGGAGACUUGAGAAAAACCGAAAGGGACACGCACUGGCCAGUAUUCGUUUGCGUUCUAAUGGCGACGACGGUGCUUUCCUGCCGGCAGAGCGAAUUUCAAUGCGGCAACGGUCGCUGCAUCGCCCUGAACAAGCUGUGCAACGUCGUCGACGACUGCGGUGAUCGCAGUGACGAGCCACGACAGUGCUCUCCUUGCAACAAAACGUAUUAUGGCGACGUGGGCAAAACCUACGACCUGGAGCUUCACCGACCGAAGGAGGAUAAGGUGCCUUACAUUUGCAAGCUCACCUUUAGCGCGCCGGGUGGCGAGCUGGGCGACAUCGUUCAGUUGACGUUCGACAGCUUCACCCUGGGGAAAUUCGUGUCGUUCACCGCGGAGGGCUGUCCGGAUGGUUCGCUGCAAAUUUCGGAGGCCCAGCGACCGGACGUCGGAGGCCUCUGGUGUGGAACAUCCUUGGGUCCCGCGAUCUACUACAGUGAGACACCAACAGUCUCCAUCACGCUGAAGCUACUCAGGCUCAGCAAGGAUCAGACGGCAUUCAAUUUCGACUUCAGGAUGGCGUACAAGAUGAUCAAGAAGUCAGACGCCGUGGUACGCUACGGGAAUCCGUUCGUCGCGAUAACGCAGACGACAGGGACGCCAGCAUCAACGGAAUCAAGCGUGUCGACGUCGUCCAGCGAGUACGCGAAUAGCUCGAUAGCGAUGCCUGUACAAAUGGUGGAUCAACAGCAAUCGAGCACCGCGAAACCAGGCACAGAGCAAUACCUCGGGGACCUGAUAUCCGGCACCUACUGUUCCCGCAUAUUCAGCGACUGCGACCGGAAGAAGUGCAGGCUACAGUCGCCUAACUUUCCCGGAUUGUACCCGCGCAAUCUCACCUGCUACUAUGCGGUGAGGCAGCACGAUGUGCCUCCAGGGAAGCACGCCUUAAUUUCGGUGAGACAGCCUCGGGGUCAAUUGGUGGCCAUAAGAGCGAGGCCAGCCACUCGGGUGGAAUCAUCGCCUCCCGAGCUUCGCCUCUGGAAGGACUGCGACGUGGUUCAGUUCUGCGGAGGCGGCGAACCGGUGCCUGAGGCGACCAGCAGUGGCACGGAGAUCCUGGUCGAGUUCACCACGUCGCCUUACGGCACGUUCUUGCACCCCACGCCGCCCCACUCGCUCCACGGCUUUCAAUUAGAAGUGCAAGUAAAGUUCGUGGACGCAGACUCGCCAACGUACGCGAAGAACAAGCACUGCGAGUUCUGGCUGCAGGGCAGCGGUGGUGGUGUGCUCGCCUCUCCACGACACUCUCUUCCACGGAACAGCACGUGCUUAUACCAUCUUCGUGGCGCUGGUCCAGCGUUACCGAGUCCAACUCCACCGCGUCCUUUGCCAAAAUUUCCGGAACAGAGGCCAGGAACCGUGUGGAGGAGGCCUGCUCCGAGGCCCCCGCAACCGCAGUUCCGCGUGUGGCUGUCGAUUCUCAAGUUUCACGUGGGCACAAGUCUGACCAGUAGCGAUGAGGAUUGCUCGACGACACUUAUGGUUUGGGACGGAGAGAUGAUGCCCCUUUCAGAGUGCUACGACCUCGCAUGCGAGAAGGAGCACCAGCGUCACGGAGACAGGUCAUCGGAGCUCUCUCACCCUUUAGCUGCUCGUCCAGCAGGAAACACAACACUUUUAGCCCGCUACUGCAAGGACAAGGUACCAAGAACCUGCGACCAUGCUAUUUUGCAGAAUACCAGUCGUCCUUGUUCACUUGGAGAGAGCUUCGUUUCCAGCGGAAGCAGCCUGACCAUCGAGAUGCGGAUGGUGGAGUCGACGGCUCUCAGGCCGGUGAAUUUUCGUGCUCUGUACGAGUUCGUCGAUCUUCAUCAGGAUGGGGACCCUUACGGUAGCGGACCAUGCUCGAGGAUCUUCUACAGCCGCAAUCGGGAUCAUUAUCUGAAUCGUAGAUUUCAGGCGACCCGCGACAUCUUCCUCUACGGUCGUGGUGGCGCGAAAAAUAUCAGCUGCGUGUACCGAUUCGAGGGCGAGCACGACGAGAUCGUGAAGCUGCGGUUCAAUAGGCUGCUGAACGGAAACCGAACGUGCCGCAGCGUCUCCAGCCCCGAUUACAAUCGCCUCCUCUGCGUUGGCUCCGAGAACUUCUCCGUCAAGGUGCUCGAUCUUCCCUGGCCGAAUGCACCGCUUGUGCAACGAGAUUGCUUCUGCAGCAACCGAUCGCUGCCCAUGAACGUGAAAUCGACAUCGAAUAUCGUCGAGGUUCAUUUCACGGUUCUGUCGAUGGACGCUUUGGACGAUUACAAUAACUUGUUCUUCGAGGGCACUUGGGACUUUGUGAAAACCAACCCUUGUAUGCAGAAGAGAAGAGUUAGGGGACCAUCUGGUGAGAUUCGGUACAAGGCGCCUGUUGUGGACGAGGAUGAGAAAAACUGCGAGAAACAUCCGUGGCUGAUCGAUCCAGGCCCGAAUCAGUACCUCUACGUAAAACUCCACGGCACGAUAAUGUCAAACGCAAGCAAGUGCGCGACGAAGAACCGGAUCGUUGUGCACACAGGAGGAGCGAUCCACGUGUCAGUGUGCCCAAAACCACCUGCGGAGUCGAGGCACCACGUGGUCGAGGUUUUCAGCGACGGCUGGGCCGUCAGCAGCAACGCAAUGAUUCUGGCGCCGGGUCAGGACCCUAUCAGGACCAUUGCUGUCGAAUUUAUCAUCAAGGAGCCUGAUACAUACGUUGUUACGUGGCUCGAGCUCACCAGAAGGCCAUCGGUGACAUCAUCAGCAGGUCUCCAGAUGCCCAGGGACUGCGAACAUCGUUGUCCAGAGCUGGAUGCGUGUAUAAACGCUUCUCUAUGGUGUGACGGCAUCUCCCAUUGCCCGUCAGGUUACGACGAAGCCCUGACUCACUGUUCCAUGCUUCUGAAGCUUCCUCCGUUGCAUUUAGGCCUCGGUCUCCUCGCCAUUGUCACGAUCCUCGGCGUGAUCUUCUUCGUUAUUUGGAGGAUUUGCCGCCAGAGAGCGAACAGGUCGAUAUCUCAGCACAGAUUGAAGAGCAUCUCGUCAGAGACGGCGAUUAUCGAUGGAAAGGAAGUGAUUUGCUGA